AUCGGUGUGUGUUGAACUCGCUGUCUCUUUUCAGACACCCCAAUAUCCUGCGUCUCUACGGUUAUUUCCACGACGCGGCGCGCGUUUAUCUCAUCCUGGAGUUCGCUCCUAAAGGAGAGCUGUAUGGAGAGCUCCAGCGCUGCGGGACGUUCGACGACCAGCGAAGUGCAACGUAUAUAAUGGAGCUCGCAGACGCUCUGAGCUACUGCCACUCAAAGAACGUGAUUCACAGAGACAUCAAACCUGAAAACCUGCUGCUGGGGGCCAACGGAGAGCUGAAGAUCGCAGACUUCGGAUGGUCCGUCCACACACCGUCCUCCAGGAGGUCGACGCUGUGUGGUACCCUGGACUACCUUCCUCCAGAGAUGAUUGAGGGCAAAACGCACGAUGAGAAGGUGGAUCUGUGGAGUCUCGGAGUGCUCUGCUAUGAGUUUCUGGUCGGCCGUCCACCUUUUGAAACCAAGAGCCAUGAGGAGACGUACCGCAAGAUUUCUAGAGUUGAGUUUACGUACCCUGCUCAUGUGAGCGAGGGCAGCAGAGACCUGAUAAACCGCUUGCUCAAACACAACCCCAUGCACCGUCUCCCUAUCCAGGGUGUCCUGGUGCACCCGUGGGUGCUGGAGAACUCCUGUAAGAAGCCAACCGCGCAGACCGAAUCCAUUCCUCAGACCUGAGCUUGUGGAACGAAACGGAUCUGAUGUGUCUGUAAAGCCUCUCUUGGGCAUGACUUUGAGUUGUAUGUUGUUUUUACGUGUUGUGCUGUUCAUGCUACAAUUUACAUGCAUUUGUAAAUAUGUAAUUAAGCCACAUUGUAAAGUUUUAACCAUUACUUGAAACAAUAAAUGUUUUUAUUAUUACUUCUAA